GUAUGACUUCAGCUGUAACGUUACACAAGUUGGGCCACUUCCACUGGUGACGGUUCCGAAUUAAGUCACGGGGCGAAGAUGACGGAAAGCCCCGCCAGCAUGCUGCUAAACGGGGACGUUUAUUAUGUGACGUCGAGCGGUAAAAAGCCGGAUAAAAAUGGCUUAGUGCUGAGGAGCCGCUGCCUGUUCCAGCAGCAGCCGCAGAAGUGUCGUCGUCCCGGGGACAAGAACCAAAAUGUUGCCUACAACUCGAGCCUGUACAAGAAGCCCUUUGUGGAGUCAUUUGAGGAAACACCUCUACUGGUGGCAGUGCUCACCUACAUGGGCUAUGGCAUCCUCACCAUCUUUGGAUACCUUCGGGACUUCCUUCGUCACUGGAACAUCGAGAAGUGUAACGUGGCCCGAGAGAGAGAUGAACAGAGGGACUUCGUCCCACUUUAUCAAGACUUUGAGAACUUUUACACCAGGAAUUUGUACAUGAGGAUCAGGGACAACUGGAACCGACCCAUCUGUAGUGUCCCAGGUGCUAAGAUGGACCUGGUGGAAAGAGUUUCCCACGAUUACAACUGGACCUUCCAGCACACAGGCAAAGUUGUGAAGGACAUCAUCAACAUGGGCUCAUAUAACUACCUGGGCUUUGCUGAGAACACUGGAGCUUGUGCUGAUGCUGCUCUGGAGGUCACACAAGAGUACGGAGUUGGAGUCGGCAGCACUCGGUGCGAGAUCGGGAACCUGGACAUCCAUGAGGAUUUGGAGCAGUUGGUGGCCAGGUUCCUGGGUGUUGAGUCAUCUAUGGCCUUUGGCAUGGGCUUUGCGACCAAUUCAAUGAACAUUCCUCCGCUCACUGGGAAGGGUUGUCUUAUCCUGAGCGAUGAGCUGAAUCACGCCUCGCUGGUACUGGGUGCUCGUCUGUCCGGCUCCACCAUCCGCGUCUUCAAACACAACAACAUGCAAAGCCUGGAGAAGCUGCUGAGAGAUGCCAUCGUACACGGACAACCAAGAACUCACCGGCCCUGGAAGAAGAUUCUCAUUGUGGUGGAGGGCAUCUACAGUAUGGAGGGUUCCAUUGUGCAUCUGCCAGAGGUUAUUGCCCUGAAGAGGCGCUACAAGGCGUACCUGUACUUGGAUGAGGCCCACAGUAUCGGGGCCCUGGGGCCUCAUGGCAGAGGAGUGGUGGACUACUUUGGCGUGGAUCCCAAGGACGUGGAUAUCAUGAUGGGAACCUUCACCAAGAGCUUCGGUGCGGCCGGCGGAUACAUUGGAGGCAAAAAGGAGCUGAUUGAUUACCUGAGGAGCCACUCGCACAGCACCGUGUAUGCCACGUCCAUGUCCCCGCCUGUAGCCCAGCAGAUCAUCACCUCCAUGAAGACCAUCAUGGGAGAGGAUGGAACCACACUGGGUGCUGAUCGCAUCAGACAGCUGUCAGAGAACACCACCUACUUUCGCAGGAAACUCAGAGAAAUGGGCUUCAUCAUCUACGGCAACGAGGACUCGCCUGUCGUACCCAUGAUGCUCUACAUGCCUGCCAAAAUUGGGGCGUUUGGUCGGGAGAUGCUGAAGAGAAACAUCGGCACCGUGGUCGUGGGAUUCCCAGCAACACCCAUCAUUGAGUCCAGGGCUCGUUUCUGCAUUUCAGCCGCUCAUACCAGAGAGAUGCUCAACACGGCACUGGAGGCCAUUAACAAGGUGGGCGACCUGCUGCAGCUAAAAUACUCCAGACGCGAGCGGCCCCACUCCUUUGCAGGGUGGAUGUCCGAGGGGAGCGUGCUUCAGGACUGAGCCGUGUCAUCCUGUCACAUUUCACUGUAACUUACUGGUCCUAUUUCAACUCUUACAAAAAAAAAAGAAAAAAAAAAGCCUGAUCUUGUUCCUGUGUGCAUAUGGAAUUUUUAUCUUGUUUGUGCAAUAACAACAAUGUGGAAUUUAUUAUUAUUAUUAUUUUUAAUCAAACAGCUUCCAGCAAAGUAGACCAGUUUUUUUCCCAUUAAACCCCACUUGUGCACUUGGGGAGAAACAGAUGAAAAAUAAAUACAUAACAGUUGCUAUGAUGCACAUAACAGGGAAAAAUAUGUAUAUGUAUUUAUACGUCAAUAUACUUAUCCCUCAAUUUAUAAUACUGCCUUCAGGAAGCAUCGCAAAUCUCAAAAAGGGAUUUCACAAACACAAGCAUGUGUUCUCCAUAUGUAUUUAUCUGAUGACUUUUUCCACCAAUCAGAUUUACUUGAAUACAAAGAACGGAAUAAUGGGUUUGUCCCCCCUAACCAAAGGAUAUAUAUAUAUAUAUAUAUAUUCUACCUUUCUCAUAAAAUGCAACACAGAUGUUCUAAUGGAAAACAUUUAGCGGAGGGGAGAGAGCCCAGUGACUACAAACGUUUUUGUUUUUUUUUUUUACUGCUUAUUUUCUACAAAUUUUAGUGUUUUAGUCUUAUUUACAGUUUGCACCUGCACUCUAAAACUUGAGCUCAGUGUCUUUACCAUUUCCAUAAGCUAACGGGCUACGUGUGUGAUUUUAUUUCCUUGAUUUAUUCUCACUUGAGUGCUUUGAUACGGUGGCUGAGAGAGGCCACAACUACGAUAAAGAAAAAAACCUACCUGCAUCAGUAGAGGCGUUGGAAAAUGAGAAAAUGCUUGCAAAUGCAGAGCACACAAAUCUAAUAACGUUCAACAUGUGCAGAAAGUUAAUGCAUUGUGGAAAUUUGCACAAUGUGCACGAAAACACAAACAUGCUGCAAAGCUCCACAACACAACAGAAGCACAAGAGAUAUUUCUUUCUGGGGGGCUUUAAGUGAAGGGCUGUUCAGUCUACUUUCUUUGUGUGCACAUAUCUGCUCAGCACAGUUUAUUAUUGUAUUUGUGAUGCACUGAAAGGUGUGCAGGUUUAAAGUUCUCAGCUCAGAACCCAGUUUUUGUAUUUUGCUCAAAACCCCUUUGUGUUGUGGCUGUUUGCAGCAGAUGCGUUAUCACAUUAAAUUGUUGCAUGCGCUGCAGGCUACGUCUGUGUUAGCAAGCAUAUUCUCAAUUUGCAAGAUGUUCUUUAUUGAUGCAACUAAAUGAGGUUGGUGUUGUGGCCCCUCUCGGCUUCCGUACCUUAUAGUGCAUCAGCGCCAACACGGAUCCCCGAGCAUGAUGACACGCUGGAACUUUGCUCUAUAUGUAUGACAAUGAUUCAAUCUGAUAUACAGGUGGCUUUAUUUAUUUAAAACAUUAUUUUGGGGGGUUUUUGUGCGUGAAUUGUAUUUAUGUUAAAGGCAGCUCUGGAUGUGUCCCAGUCUGUGACUUAUUUCCGUGCUAGCACUACUGACGGGCAUCAUACAUGCACAGAUGACGUAGUCGCCGAUUGUCCAUAUGUACGAUUUCAUGCAGUGUAUCAUCAAAUUGAAAAACAUUCCAUAUUAUCCUGCUUUCAUCUUUGGGUUUGUCCAUUGGACAGUGUGUACCAUCACCGUGAGUCGAGUUGCCCCAGUUUUAUGUGAAUUUGUGUCCUUUAUUUUUUAUUAUUAAUGUUUUUUUUUUUAACACGGGUGCAGCUUGAGGUCCACUAAUGGGAUGAUUUCUCCAAAUAUUCAAUGCGAUUAAACCCAACAAGUCAACAACGCUUGUUUUGCAGCACAGAAUGACAACAGUUUGGCUCGUUUUCUUUUAAAUGCACAUCGGUUACACAUUCACCGUAUUUGUUGUGUUUGUGUCGUGGCAGAAACAAAUCACACUGCAUUUUCCUCAAACACCGGCGACCUGAGCUGCAGUCGUCUUCGAAAAUGUUUUUCAGAAAUGUGUCUGCAUUGCCGAAAAGUUUCUAGAGCCACGAUGUAUGCUGACCACUCUGUUAGAGAUAGUGUUGCACAAAUUAAAUCACUUGUUUUCUCUG